AUGGCACGAGGAGCAGUCGGAAGACCAAAGAAGGAUGGAGAUCACACGCGCAAGCCGCGGAAGAAAAAAGAUAAAAAUGCUCCGAAGCGUGCGUUGUCGGCCUUUAUGUUUUUUAGCAAUGAUAUCCGUGACACAGUCAAGAAAGAAAUGCCGGACCUUCAAUUUUUAGAGAUCUCAAGUGAAAUUGGACGACGCUGGAAGCAAAUUUCCGAUGAAGAUCGUCGACCGUAUGACGAAUUGGCCGCCGCCGAUAAGAGGCGGUAUUUGGAGGAGAAGGAAGACUAUGUUCCAGAUCCAUCUUUUGAGUCCACGAAGGGAUCACGCAAGAAAAAAGAUCCGAAUGCUCCUAAACGUGCCUUAUCUGCAUACUUUUUCUUUUGCAAUGAUAUUCGCCAAGAGAAUAUCCAGUACGGCGACAUUGAGACUUGUGAUCAAUGA